GUGGAAGAGUACAUUCUUCAUUUGAGCUGACCGUGAAAGAAGGUGGCUGCAGUGACUUGCUGGAGGCAAGGAUCUCGGCACAUGAGGGUGAAAACAUCAAUGUUACUUGCAAGUGCCCAAAUUACAAAUCUACAACUUGUCCAAAAAACAUCAAGCACUUCUUUAAAGAACACAAAGACUUCAUUGAAUCUGGCCUAAUUGACCCUAAGUCAUCGUCAGGAAAAUAUUCCUUGACUGAAAAGCUUAGUGCAAAUACAUUUAAUGUGACAAUUCACAAACUGGAAAUGAAGGAUGCUGGGAUGUACUGGUGUGGAAUCCAAACUGGAGGAGAGAAUAUUGCUUUGACAGCACAGGUGAAUCUACUCAUCACAGGAAGGCUAGAAGAAGUCAGAGGAGUUGUUGGCGGAGGUGUGGCCAUCGUGUGCAAAUUCGAUGAUCAAGACCAACUCAAUCUAAAUCAACGGUUCUUCUGCAAGGGCAAUGCUUCAACCUGUCCAUACAACAGGCUCUCAAGCACAGACAACAACAGAGUUGCACUAUACAGGAGUGCCUAUGGAGACUUUCUGACUAUUGUUAUGAAGAAUCUAACUGAGAAUGAUUCCGGGACGUACUACUGUGCCGAAAACGGAGAAGCUCACACAAAAGUUCAAUUGAACAUAGAUGAUGGUGACUGCUGUGACACACCUCCCAAAAUGAAAGUAAAAAAUAAAGGAGAUAACGUCACCAUUCAGUGCACGUAUCCUGUGGAGUAUCAAGGCAAAAAGAAGUAUUUCUGUAAAGAGGGUGGGGGUAAAAUGCGCAUGGAUUUACUGCAAUCCAGACCAUCAUACUCCAAUCUCAAAUAUUAUGUAUCUGAGAACAAAACUGGAAACCUCUUCACAGUUACUAUUUAUAAUCUGGAUACGUAUGAUACUGCCACCUAUUGGUGUGGAAUGGGAUCUGGUGGUAAAAAUGUUGCAUUGUUUACCAAAGUGGCGCUCAAUGUUUCAGUUAACACAGUUAACCCAGCCAGUGAAAUCUUGCCGGCAGACGAUGCUGUGGGCCAGGCGAUUAAGACCGGUGGAUGUGUGGUGAUGUCACUUGUGGCAGCAGCUGCCUUCUUCCUGUGCUACAUAAAGAGACAGAAGAGGAAGCAAGAAAACACAAACAACUUGACAUACCUGAAAGCAAAGACGCAGACCGAGAACUCUGACGCCGACUCUAUUUAUGAAGAAAUAGAUGACCUCCCUCUCCCUCUGCCUCCUCAUCCCCCCACAUCAGAAGUCAUCUACUCCAUGGCAGACGAUCCGUACGACACACCGUUCCACUCGCUCGAGCCCUCCGACGUUACCCAGGCUACAGUUCACGCUGCGUCUGUGGCAGAUAAACUACCCACAAUUCCCUUUGAGAACAACCCCUAUGACGCGCCAUACCACUCGCUCGAGCCCUCAGACGUUACCCAGGCCGCGAUCCACUCUGUGUAUGCCACUGCUACGCUACCAACCACCCCUGGUAACAACAACCAAUCAAAAGAUUCACAGACACAACUCCCCUCUGACAUUACCCAGCCCGCGGUCGACUAUGCGCACACAGCUACACUACCCCCAGAUCUCCCCGAGAACAACCACUCUGUGUAUACCAUGGCCACACCACCCACAAACCUGUCUGAGAAAACCUGCUCAAAUGAUUCACCAACACAACUACCCUCCGACGACAGUACCCAGGCUGUGAUCCACUCUGUGUACUCCAUGGCUAGGCUUCCAACAAAUCCAUCUGAGAACAACGACAGCCCUAUUAUGCCAGCUGAUGCACAGCUUCCACUGUCCUUGGACAUGGCCCAGGCAGACAAACUACCCACAGUCCAUUGCAACGUGACCACGUACAGUAAUGUCCCCCCUCCUAAACGGCCUGACGAUAACACAGACCAAAGCGUUUGCAUUGCUUCUGCAAACAAACUGGAUGCAGUGAGCACUGACAAUGAAAAUAUCCCCUCUCCCACACAGCCUGAUGAUAACACAGACCAAAGCAAUGGAAAUAUCACCUCUCCCUCACAGUCUCUAGGAAACGCAGAACAAAGCAUUGACAUUGGUUCUGCAGAUCCAUUUGAUCCAGUGAACCCAAACAAUAGAAAUACCCCCUCUUUGAGACAGCUUUAA